CCUUACCUCUCCACAGCACACUUCAGCUUUUAGACAAAGCUAAAACUAAAAACACCACAAGAACAAAGAAACAGAGAUGGGUUUGGUUACAGAGGAGGUGAGAGCUAAGGCAGAGAAGUACACUGGAGAUGAGAUAUGCAGAGAGAAGACAAAGACUUUCCUCAAGGAGAUAUCUAUGCCCAAUGGUUUACUACCAUUGAAGGAUAUAGAAGAGGUUGGGUACGACAGAAAGUCGGGUGUUGUGUGGCUAAAGCAGAAACAGAGCAUCACUCACAAGUUCGCAGAGAUCGAUAAGCUUGUCUCCUAUGGAACUGAGGUCACUGCCGUGGUUGAGACCGGGAAGAUCAAGAAGCUCACUGGAGUCAAGGCCAAGGAGCUUCUUAUUUGGGUCACUAUCAACGAGAUCUAUACUGAGGACCCGCCUACCAAAGGGAAGAUCACGUUCAAGACGCCAACCACACUGUCCAGGACUUUCCCGGUCUCAGCUUUUACAGUCCCAGAAGAGGAACCUGCUAAAGAGGAACCUGCCAAGGAGAAGAGCAGCGAAGCCACGGAGGUCAAAGAGGCUGUUGCGAUCAAGGAGGCUGUUGCAGUCAAAGAGGCCUAAUCAAGCCUCUGCUUCAGAAGUUAAAAGAAACCGGAAGUGUACUUCAAGAAUAUGAACAAAUUAUGGAGAGUUAGUGUUUCUCACUGCUCUUACUCUCAUGUAUUACCAACCACUUGUUUUACCUGUAAUAAGAUGUCAAUAUCAUCCUGUUCCAUAAAAACUAUCCGUAAUUAUCCCUAUACUUUGAAGCUGGUUUUGUAUGUCAAUACAAGAACAUGGAAAAACCUCUUAGCAAGCAAAA